ACUGCUGUACCAGUAACUACCCUUGUGUACACAACGAGUGUAGAAUCAUCCACUGGGUCUGAGGUUACCACUCAGGGUCUUUCUUCAACAACAAAACCAUUUAGAGCUGAAACUACUCUUUCAACCACCACACCAGUCGUCCCAUCCACUACUGUUAUUCCCGAAGAAGGAAGCACCACUGCCCAACCAUCUACAGAAUCAUCCGCUCCAAGCGUAGUCUCCACAACUUCAAAAUCAUCUACAGCGACUCAAACCACUGGACAACUAACUACAACUGAGACUGUAACUGAGAAUGAAUUGACCACAGCUCAGACACCUUUGUCCACCACCACCAGACAACCAAAAGAGGGGACAACUGGCCUUACAAGCCAACCAACGACCACAGAAACAACCACUUUAAAAGUGGAAACACCUUUCGAAACAUCUAAAACAGUGUAUAUUUCAACCAUUUCACCAACGUCCACUCAAAAUGUUUUCUUGUCAUCCACAACCAUGGAGACCUCAAUUGCUCCUAUUACACAAACAUUAACAUCAUUUACGAAUACGCUUCCAGUGACUACAACGUCCUCUUUAUUCUCAACCACUUCUGUGGUUUGUUGUUUUGUCAAUGGCACACAUUUUCAAUCAGGUGAUAUCAUUUACAAUGUUACCGAUGGCAUUGGUUGGUGCUUCACUGCAUACUGUAAUGCAACUUGUCAUAUUGUGAAGAUUUCAACAUCAUGUGCAACCUCCCCAUCACCAUCCAUUCCUCCUGAAACAACCACAUAUUCCAGUUCAACAACCAUAAGUUCCCCUGAAACAACACAGCUUGCCACAACUAAUACAGACACAGAAGUACCAACUACCACCUAUGGGCCUAAGUGUGAUGCACUUAAUCCACCAAGACAGCCCAAUGAAACUUGGCAGAGUGGAUGUCAAAUGUGUGAGUGUGAGAGUGAAACACUGACCGUCCGUUGCCAGCCUGUAACUUGUCCUGUUUCACCACCUGUUGCUUGCGAUCAGCCUGGACAAGUGCUUGUGAACACAACAGUUGACUGCUGCGAGAUCCAAGAGUGCAGUUGUGAUGUGAACCUGUGCCCUAUUCCCAUGAUACAGUGUCCACUGGGCUUUAUACCAUCCUUCACCGUGUCUCCAGAUAACUGCUGUCCAGAUUAUAUCUGCUCCCCCAUGGAAGUCUGUGUCCAUAAUACCACAGUGUAUCAGCCUGGCUCGAUUAUACCAAGCGAUGACCCUUGUACAUUUUGUCAGUGUGGUUGGAACGUAGAUCCUGAAACAAAUCUUCUUGCUCCAGAGUGUAUGAUAGCGGACUGCAAUGAUUACUGUCCAGAGGGUCACGAGUAUCAACCCAUUCCUGGUCAGUGCUGUGGAGAGUGUGUUAGCACUGAUUGUGUGGUUAUGCAUGACAACAUCACAGUUACCGUUCCAGUUGACCAGAUAUGGCAACCACCUAAUGACAAUUGUGUGAAAUACCAAUGUGAGAGAGUCAACGGUAACUCAGUGACAGUGGAGAUGAAGACCACUUGCCCUGCCUUCAAUCCUGAGAAUUGUAUCCCUGGAACAGAGACAAUAGAUGCAGAUGGCUGCUGUCCAACCUGCACACUGGACACCAAAUGUAAUGUCCAGAAGAACAGCACCUUCCUGGUCAUUAAUGACUGUAUAAGCAACACACCUGUGGAAAUAACCUCUUGCUCAGGCUUGUGUGAGACCUCAUCAAUAUACUCUGCAGAAGCGAACGCUCUUGUGCACUCAUGCUCUUGCUGUCAAGAAACAACAACCACCAAGAAGGAAGUGACCCUGACUUGCGCUGAUGGGUCAAAUAUCAGUCACACUUACAUUUACAUUGAGUCUUGUGGCUGCAAGGCCUCCAAUUGCUCCGGUCAAUCGACUUCCUUAAAGAGACGCCGGAGGAGAUUGUGAACCUGCGCUCUUAACUCCGUACAGUAGAGCACUUUCAAAUUAAUCUUAUGGAAUAAAUCUGUAAAUUUGAAUAGCAUGAAAUGUUUAUUCUAUGGUGUCAUGAGAAUGACAGCUUUUUUGUUUCUUGUCUAGUAGCUCUUAAUAAAC